GGUAAAGGAAGCGGAAAUAGUCGCUGCUAACCUGAGGCUAGUCGCUAGUUUGAGGCUCGGAGGACGGGGUGGAAAACAAGCGGUGUUACAGGGAAGCGGGGAGCGGAUAAAAACCAACUAGUUGAGUUCGUCGCCCGGGGCUCCACUUAAACGGAACAUCUCGAGUGGUUCCUUACUCUGACCUUUAUGUGAGGUCUAAAGCCCUAAAGGAACGGGUCACUGACGGGAGGAGAGACUCGGAGUAAAACACUCGAACCACACACGCCUGGAUAAGAGUUUUUUUUUUUUUUUGGUUUGUGACUCUUUUUUUUUUAUAUACACAUAUAUAUAUAUAUAUAUAUAAUUCAGUCUCUGAGACACAACUACGGACGAUCAGAUUCCCUGCUCGCUAUAAAAAAAAAAAAAGGACCAUGGAGGCCAUUGCCAAAUACGAUUUCAAAGCCACUGCUGAUGACGAGCUUAGUUUCAAGCGUGGAGAGAUCCUCAAGGUAUUAAAUGAAGAGUGCGAUCAGAACUGGUACAAGGCGGAGCUAAAUGGAAAAGACGGCUUCAUUCCCAAGAAUUACAUAGAGAUGAAAGCCCAUCCGUGGUUCUUCGGGAAGAUCCCCCGAGCCAAAGCAGAGGAGAUGCUCAACAAACAGAGGCACGACGGAGCCUUCCUCAUCAGAGAGAGCGAGAGUGCACCUGGGGACUUCUCCCUCUCCGUGAAGUUUGGAAACGACGUGCAGCAUUUCAAGGUUCUUCGUGACGGAGCCGGGAAGUAUUUCCUAUGGGUGGUGAAGUUUAACUCCCUCAACGAGCUGGUGGACUACCACCGCUCCACCUCAGUCUCCCGCAAUCAGCAAAUCUUCCUGCGAGACAUAGAGCAGGUCCCACAGCAUCCCACAUAUGUGCAAGCGCUCUUUGACUUUGACCCCCAGGAGGAAGGGGAGCUGGGCUUCCGACGCGGCGACUUCAUUCAAGUCCUGGACAACUCCGACCCCAACUGGUGGAAAGGAGGCUGCCACGGCCAGACGGGCAUGUUCCCCCGCAACUACGUCACACCCGUCAACCGGAACAUGUAAACAGUCCGUGUAAAACAACAACAACAACAACAAACAACAACAACAACGACAUCACCACCACCACCAUCAUCAUCAUCAUCGUUGAUCUUGAUCUCAUCAGUCCUCAUCCAACCACCACAUCCACCACCACCCUUCCCUCUCUCCCCCCCCCUCAAAUAAAAAAAAAAAAGAAUAAAUAAAAAACCAACCCCAUCCACCACCUCUCUCGGCCAUCCCACAAUAACAGGAGCAGACAGGAAGAACGCAAGCAACUGAAAGAGAGAGAUAUGAGCAGGAGUAGUUGUGCGGUAGGCGUCGCCGUGUGGGCGGCAGCCGAGCAGAAACCGACGGGAACGUUCACCUCCGCCCCCGUGAACGCCUCCAGCCAGGACUCAACCGUGUUUUGAGGGAAAUCUAAACGCCGAGAAACUAAAGCAUAGCGCACCAAGCGAGAAGAUAACCAAACGAUUUCACCGCUGCCACAGCUGCUUCUGUCCUCUCCUUAACUUCUUAACAUUCUGCCUUUCUCCUUUUUUUAGUUCUUUUUUUUUUGUUUUGUUUCGUUUCUUUUUUUUUUUUUUUUUUGUUCCUUUCUCUGCCGCAUGUUGUUUUAAUCACUUAAAUGAAACCGAUAAAUAAAUCCUGUUUUAAAGAAAAAAAAAUGAAUAAAAAUAUUAAAAAAAAGAAGAAGAGGAGGAAGAAGAAGAAGAAAUGGUUUUAAAAAUAAUGUACAAAAAAAAAGGAUGAAGAGAGACAGAGAGAAAAGAGAAAAAGGAAAAAAAAACUUAAAACGAUGCCAUCAACAGAUACAAGUUUCCAUGUUUGAGAUCAUCGGCACGUGAGCGUUGUGCUUCAGCUCCCGGCUGUAUAAAUAAAUAAAUCAAGUAUAGAGAGAAUCCAUUUUUUAAGAAUAUAUAUUAUAUAUUUGUAUGUUUGUCUGUUUUACCUCUCAUCACAAAUAGUUUUUUUUUUCCUCCAUAUGUAAAUUAUGUUCAAUCUUCUCCUAGACCUAGUAGCUCUAGAAUGUGCUGAAUUGUCAGGUUUUAUUAUUAUUAUUAUUUUUUCUUUCUGAAUAUAUCUGAGGGCUCUCAGAUUGCAAAGCAUGACAUUAAAAAAAAGAAAGAAAGAAAAUGGGGGGGAGGGGUUGGGUCGUUAAAAUAAAAAUAAAAAAAUUUGAUUGCAAUGAAAGUAAACGAGAGUUUCUCCUGUCGGGAACCUUUUUAAUGUUUGACCAGCAGAGCCAUGAAACGGCACAAACAGCUGUAUUAACUGUACAAAGGUCAGCAGCCACCUUCUUUUCUUUUCAUUGCUUUUUAUUCUUUUUCGAAAAGCCAAUGUAUUUAUUGCAGCCAUUUAAAAAAAAAAAAAAAAAAAACUUGGGCAGUGAAUGUAGCUGACUGAGUCUAUAGACGCAAACAUGAGGGAAGCAAGGUCGGAGAACUGAACUACACACACGAACCGCGCAAGGGAUUUUUAAAAACAGACAAACAUUUAAAAAACGAAAAAAGGAAAAAAAAAAAAAGAAGUGACAUGCUGAAGAAGAAAAAAAAACAAACACGCAGAGCGGUGUCCGAGGAUGUGUACAGGUAGUUAACGUGAUGCAUAUUCAAGACGCAUUCAUUACGUGCAUGCAUACGCGCUCCUCCUCGUUGUUAUACCUGCACGUAGCAGCGGGGCUGAGUUUGGAUAAUCACUUUGUGUAAUCACCAGUGCAGAGACCUGCAGCUGGCACAAAUUUAACAGUUCAGAAAACUGAGAGAUUGUCUUUUUAUGCUUAAAAGAAGUUGAGAGAUCAGCUUAAACCAUGUUGUUUUUUUAUUUUUCUCUUCCUUUCUUUUUGUCCAAUGUGGCGUGUGGUCAAGCACUUUUUUUUUUGUCAUUUUAUUUUAAUUUUUUUUUUUUUUUUUUUUUGAUCUGGUCCAGUGUGUGUUUGUUUACUGUGUUAGUGUUAUUGGUUUUCUUGUUCUCUCUGGAUAGUGCCUUUCUCUCUGGUGUUUCAGUGUCUCCGACCUGCUACUUUGAGCCCCCCCCACCUCCCUAAAGUCCCAACCCCCCCCCCCCCCCCCCCCCCCCCCAGCCCCCCACCUCGUGUCUCUUUACGGGGGCCUGCCAGUCCUGCAGUGAGAAACGGUGUACAUAAUCCAACAUGUCCCAUCCACCAAAUGCCCCCCUCCCCCUCCGUAUGCCUCCCCCUGCCCCCUCCCUCGAUCCCUCCUUCCUUCCAGCAUCAACUCACCUCCACCUUUGCCCUCACCAACAUGGAACUCUUCUUAUUUAAGUGUCUCUCGCCUCGUCUUACCUAAUGAUACUGUUUUGUUUUUGCUCUUUUUUUUUAUUUGCAUUUGUUUAUUUUUUUUGUUUUGUUUUGUUUUGUUUUUUUGUUUUCAAUUAAUAAAAUGCAAUUAUUAAAAAAUGCA